AUGUACACACGAAGAACAUCUACAACACCUCAAUGGAAAUAUGAUGUCUUUCUCAGUUUUAGAGGUGAUGACACUCGGAAGGGCUUUACAGACCACUUAUAUGAAACAUUGAGAGCUCAAGGAAUCAUAACUUUCAGGGAUGAGCCUAAAAUUUCGAAGGGAAAAGCUAUUUCUCGAGAACUGAUUGCUGCGAUUGAAGGUUCAAGGUUUGCGCUUAUUGUCCUCUCACAAAAUUAUGCAUCCUCAACAUGGUGCUUGGAUGAACUUCUACACAUUCUUAAAUUCAUGGAAGCAAGAGAAGCAGUGCUACCAAUUUUCUAUUAUGUUGAUCCAUCUCAUGUACGAAAACAAACGGGGUGUUUUGAGAAAGCCUUUACACAACUGGAAGAAAGAUUUAGUUAUGAUGAAAAAACGAAGGUGCAAGAGUGGAGAGAUGCGUUGGCGAAAGUGGCAGAUUUCUCUGGGUGGAAGGCUAAGGACUGGUACGAAACCUUGCUCAUCAAAGAUAUAAUCGAUGUGAUAUGGAAAAGAUUACGUCCUACAUCGUUUACUUCUGUGGAGAACUCAGUUGGAUUAGACUCAAGUAUGAACUCAAUUGAUUUAUUGUUAGGUGCAGGGGUCGAUGAUGUUCGCUUUAUAGGGAUAUGGGGUAUGGGUGGGAUUGGUAAAACAACUAUUGCCAGAGUUGUUCGCGAGAGAAUCUCUCCUGAAUUUGAAUUCAGCAUAUUUCUUGAGAAUGUCAGUGAUAAUGUUAAAAAAGGUGGUCUAAUAUCCCAACAAAGAGAAAUUCUUUCAAGGAUAUCGAUGAAAACGAUUGACAUAUAUGAUAUUCAUGAAGGAUCCACAAUGAUUAGAAGAUUACUUCGUCACAAAAAGGUUCUUCUCAUUCUCGAUGAUGUGACAGACUCAGACCAUUUAGAUUAUUUGGCUGGAAAGCAAGAGUGGUUUGGUUCUGGGAGUAGAGUUCUUAUUACAACUAGAAAUGAGCAUUUGUUAAUUGAACAUGGAGUGAAGAGAAGAUUUCAGGUCAAACGUCUAAAUCAUGAUGACGCUCUUAAGCUUUUUAGUUGGAAAGCCUUUGGAAAAGACCACCCUGAAAAAAACUAUAUUGAUUUGUCUAGCUGUGUUGUGAGUUAUGCCGAUGGUCUUCCACUAGCUCUUAAAGUUUUGGGGAGUUUUUUGCGUGGAAGACAUGUAAGUGCUUGGAACAGUGCGUUGGGUAAACUAAGAGAUCUUUGUAACACAGUUUUGGGGACACUUCAAAUAAGUUACGAUGAUCUAGAUGACAAGGAGAAGAAAAUUUUCCUAGACAUUGCAUGUUUCUUUAACGGGGAGAAAGAAGAUCGAGUUAUAGAAAUCCUAGACAGUUGCGGCUUUUGUGCAGGUAUUGGAAUAGAUGUCCUCAUUGAGAAAUCUCUGUUAACUAAUUCCUAUGGCACUCUAUGGAUGCAUCAGUUGCUCCAAGAGAUGGGUCGUGAAAUAGUCAAUCGAGAGUGUCUUGAUGAGCCAGGAAAUCGCAGCAGGUUGUGGCGCCAUGAAGAGGCCAAUCAUGUGUUGAGCAAAAAUACAGGAACAGACGCAGUAGAAAGUAUAACCAUGGACAAAACUGGGCCAGUGGUGCACGCAGUCGCUAUAUGCUUUUCAAGGAUGAAGAAACUGAGACUUCUCAAUCUUGCUAAUGUGAACCUCUCUAAUGAUCUUGAAUAUCUCUCCGAUAAUUUACGAAGUCUUGAAUGGGCUGGGUAUCCUUCAAAAUAUUUCCCGUCACAUUUCAACCCAGAGAACCUACUAGAACUUAUCAUGUGCCAUAGUCACAUUGAAUCUUUUUGGACGGGUGUUAAGAUUUUAUACAAUUUGAAAGUCAUUAAGCUCAGCCACUCUUUGAAUCUUGUCAACACCCCAGACUUUAGAGGCUUUCCAAAUCUUGAGAAUCUGAUUCUGGAAGGUUGUAUACGAUUGUAUAAGGUUGACCCAUCCCUUGGAAUGCUUGAAAGAAUUACUCAGAUAAACUUGAAGGAUUGCAAAAGUCUUGUGUAUCUUCCACGAAGUGUGUAUGGCUUAAAAUCUGUCAAAGUACUUAAUCUUUCUGGCUGCUCAAAGCUCGACAAGUUGCCCAAUGAGUUGGGCAAUGCAGAGUGCUUGGAGGAGCUUGAUGUGAGUGGAACUGUCAUAAGAGAACUGCCUUCCUCCAUUGUUCGGUUGAAAAGCCUCACAGUACUUAACUUUCGUGGAUGUAAAGGACCAUCACCUAAAUUUUGGAAUUUGCUCGGCCUUGUUCAGCUAGUUCUCUCCCUUUUUCAGCGAUUUCUAAUAAGAAGUCGAGUUCCCACGCCUUUGUUGCUGCCUUCUCUAUCCAGUUUGGUUUCCUUAAAACAACUAACUCUAAGUGAUUGCAAUCUCUUGGAAGUCCCUAAUGACCUUAGCUGCUUGUCCACAUUAAUCUACCUAGAUCUCAGUAGAAACCAGUUUGUUAGCCUACCCAACGUCAUCUCUCUGCUUUCUAGACUUCAAUUUCUUAACUUGGAGUAUUGCGAGAGGCUUCAAGAAUUGCCAGAGGUUCCACAAAGAGAAGUCCCUAUUACUCAAGAAGUAUUUCAAUUUGUUGUUCCUGGAAAUGAAAUUCCCGAGUGGUUCAAUCAUAAAUCUGCUGAAUAUAUAUACAACGAGGAAGAGUGGUUCAAUCCUCAAAGUGUGGAGUAUCCAUUAAGUGCAGAGCUACGCCCAGGUUGGUUUACUGAAAACUGGAUGGGAUUCGCAGUGUGCAUUGCUUUUGCAAUCCAGGAACGAUCACCUAAUUGCGACCAUGCUUUGAAGUAUCCCAAUUAUGAUUAUAAUUAUACACAUAUUAUUACUUGCAAAGUGGACAUCAAUGGAAAGGAGGCGACGGCACGUAGGCGUCCAUUUGUGAUUUUCAAUGCAGAGUUGGGCCAAGCUGUGUCUGAUCACCUUUGGGUACUCUUUUUUCCUCGUCACUUUCCUCAGUUUUGGAAGGGUAUCAGCGAUCAGGUUAAAUUGCCUUCUGGCACAGAGUGGUGGCAAGGUAUAUUUGGUCAGAUUACAUUUUCAAUUACGGCCAGAGUUGGCCAUGGAGUAAUAGUGAAGCAGUGUGCGGCUCGUCUGGUGUACGAGGAAGACUUGGAAGAGCUUGCCCCAAGAUUUAGCGGCCGGACCCGGAGCAAUGUCAGCAUUUCUGAGGUGGAUUCAGAAUUCCCCUCUUACACAAACAAGUAG